UUCGAUCGUACGUAUAUUUCUGUUCCUCUGAAGUUGGAAAGCUACCACUUUGGACUUAUAUUUACAGUUGGAAAGUAAGAGAAUUUGCCCUUCAUUAUUGCGAGACAAGUUAACGGAAUUUGACAGCGUUCGUCGGAAAUAACGACAUACGUAAACGUGUUUAGCCUAGGCAGUGGGACCGGACUGAACGUACAACACAAAUAAAAUGGCGGCGGUAGCGGCGGCAGCGGCAUGUUCUAGUUCCGCCUCAUCCAAGGAACCCUGUACGUCUGGUGUUGAAUUUGGGGAUUACCUAUACUUCGAGAGGGAACGGUUGAGGAAAAAAGGAUCAAGUAUUAAGAAAAAAGAAAGACCUCCACCUAUUGACACAUCAGGAGUAGACAAGACUGGUACAAAACCGUCCAAAUCACCAUCCACACCGAAGAUGGAGAAGAAAAUAGGACACAGAAGAGUGGAUACAUUUGGGGAGACAACUUACAAAAAGACCACAUCAUCGGCUUUGAUGUCUGCUAUCCAACUUGGUAUUGGCCACUCAGUUGGAGGACUCUCCGCUAAACCAGAAAGAGAUGUACUCAUGCAAGACUUUGCAGUUGUAGAAAGUGUUUUCUUUCCAAGUGAAGGCAGUAACUUAACAGCGGCACAUAAAUAUCCAGAUUUUCGUUUCAAGACAUACGCCCCGGUAGCUUUUAGAUAUUUUCGAGAAUUAUUUGGUAUUCAGCCUGAUGACUUUCUGUUAUCAUUAUGUAAUGAUUUAUUAAGGGAAUUGUCCAACCCUGGUGCUAGUGGCAGUGUAUUUUAUUUAACAAGUGAUGAUGAAUUUAUUAUUAAAACUGUGCAACAUAAAGAGGCUGACUUUUUACAGAAAUUGUUACCAGGUUAUUACAUGAAUCUUAAUCAGAAUCCCAGGACAUUGUUACCCAAAUUCUACGGACUAUAUACUUACCAAUGUGGUGGUAAAAACAUUAGAUUAUGUUGUAUGAACAAUCUAUUACCCUCGCACAUCAAAAUGCAUCAAAAAUUUGACCUUAAGGGGUCAACGUAUAAACGCAGAGCGUCAAAAUAUGAGCGCUCAAAACGCAGUCCAACGUUAAAAGACUUGGAUUUUAUUGAAGAACAUCCAGAAGGAUUAUUGUUGGAUGGACAGACGUAUAAUGCCCUAAUGUUGAAGACUAUACCACGAGAUUGUCGGGUUUUAGAAAGUUUUAAAAUAAUGGACUAUAGUUUACUCGUAGGAAUACAUAAUUUAGACCAAGCAGCAAGGGAAAAGAAUGCAAGUAAGAGCUCCAUACAGGAGGGCAUGCACACCGGUAUAUUUAAACAACUAAGACAAAAAAAUGCAGAUGAUUUAGAAAAAUCUGACGGCAAAGGUGAAUCGUCGCGAGGUGAAAGUCAAUCAGCUGCAGAGGAGGAACCAAGUACGUCACAGAACCAAGCCAGUCGUCAAGUGCUUUCACGGUCACGUUCCUAUAACAACAGGCAGCGUGUUGCUGCAUUCUCAACUCCCAGGGAGAUUAUACAGACAGAUCAUCCUGUACGCACACAAGAACAAGAUGAAGAGGAGGAUGAUGAAGAACCUACUGGUGGUAUUCCAGCAAAAAAUGCCAAGGGGGAAAGACUUUUACUUUUUAUAGGUAUUAUAGAUAUUUUACAGUGUUUCAAAUUAAAAAAGAAGUUAGAACAUACCUUUAAAGCCAUGGUACAUGACGGUGACACAGUCUCUGUAUGUAGACCUAGUUUCUAUGCACAAAGGUUUCAAGAUUUCCUUGCCAAAGCAGUUUUUAGAAAAAUUCCAGUUGAUCUUCAAAAAUAUGCAUUGCAUAAGGACGCAACGACUAGACUCUCAAUAAUUAAACACUCGCCCUCCAAGAAAGGGAAGUCUUUUUCUGGACCUCAUGGCACUUGCAAGACGCACACAGCCAACAUCAUUCGAACUAGGAACAACAAUGUCAACAGAACCCCCUACACCAAUUAAACCAGAUAUUCUGCCAAGUACACCACCCCCUCCUUUUGAAACAAAAGUACACAUGUCACCAUCCGAUCCAAGCAGAAGAACAGUGACAGAAGUUGUUACACCGAAACCAGUCGAGAUUACAACAAGAACAGUAACAGAAGUUGUUACAUCGAAACCAGUCGAGAAUACAACAAGAACAGGAGGAGAGCUUUCAGACACAGUCCCUCCAAUAAAUGAAACAAAAUCAAUCAAAUCAGUUACAAUUGGAACGCAACCUGACGAAAUUAUGUUUCCAGUCGACGAAAAUACAGAAAGCAGUCCAAUAAAUGACCCAGCAUCGACAGAGGAAAUUGAGCUUCAAGCAUCUACAUCAAAACAAACAACAGCUGAUACAAGUCAUGAUGAACCCCUCAACACAACAUUGUGAAUUCACUCGUCAAGACAUGCAUGACAAUUCCACUGACAGAGAGAAUACUAAUUAUUGCCAGG